CAAUUCAUAAACAACAUAUAACAAAAAUAGCAGUGAAUAUAUAUAAAUAUGUUACGUGCAAUAAUAAACAGAAGAUUGAUUUGCUCUGCGUUUUUUCCAUUUAAUUCUUCAUCCAAUAAUGAUUCUAAUGAAAAAUUAACAGAAUUAUUUAAAAAAAGAGCAUUUAUAGACAAAUAUAAAGGUUAUUUUUUUGACGAAAAAGGAUAUCCAACCAAAGAAUUACAAUCUGUCUAUAAUGCAACAUCUUUAGGUUUUAUAACAGGAUUCUUAUUAGGUGGAAUAAAUAAAACAAAAAAUAUAUCAGAAAUUCAUAAAAAAGAAAAUCAAGCUACCUUAUAUAAACAUAAAUUUUAUGCCUAUCGAGAUAUACAAAAUAAAAUAAAUUCUGCUUUAAUAAAAGGGGGUAUUUCAUUUGGCAUAAAACUUGGAUUCUUUUGUUUCUUAUUCUCGAGUGUAUCAGCAUUUUUAUUUGUAUAUAGAGAAAGAUUUGAUGUGUUAAAUACUAUGUUUAGUGGUGCUGUAGCAGGUUUUAUAUAUAAAAUGAAUAUGGGUUUGAAAGGAGCAUUUGCAGGAAUACUAUUAGGAACAAUUUUGGGUGCUAUAUAUGGUUGUAUCACAUCAUUCAUUUUAUUUAUAACUCAAACUGAUAUGAAUAAUCUUUAUGAAGCAGGAUCAAAACUGAUGAAUGCAAGACGAGAUAAAAUAAAAGAAAAUGCAAGGAAUAUAAUACAGGAAGAAGAAUUAAAACUAAAAGAACUGCAUGAAUAUAAUCAGAAAAUACAUAUACUUGAAAAAGAACAAUAAAAAGAGUCAUUAUUUCAAAAAUAG